GUGAGCUAGAUUUAAGGGGAGAUGUUGAGUCCGCGACCGCGUUCCCUUCAGUCGCUUCCAAUUUCCAACGACGAACAUAAGAUAACUCCUCAGUACGUAUGUAUAUGUGCGCUGUGUUGCUGUUCAGUGUAGACUCUAGCAUUUAGUUCGGGAAGAAUAGAGUGCAGAGAGAAAGAGGGAACUAAGGAGACAAAUAUUUGUAGAGAGAGGAAACAAUGGGAAAACCAACUGCAUCAUGCUUUAGGAUCAUCGCCUGUGGAAGUGGCUCCGUCAACCAUCACGAUCUCCAAUCGCUUCAAAGCAAGGCUUCAAAUGAUCGGCAUGGAUGGAGUUUUCGGAAGAGAUAUGCUGGACGUCGAGUCUUGAGUAAAAAUGUCAUCUCAGAAUUACCUUCAUCUGCAACCAAUGAAAGCUCAGAAUGUAAGUCUAACUUGAUUGUUCCAGUGAAGACAUCUGCAAUGCAAUUGACUAAAGAGAAGAACAAGUUGUCUGCUCAAUUGGAUUUGGAUCUGUCAGAUGUAAUAGCUGCCACAGAAGAUGACUUUAGAUCAGAUGCAAUCCUCAAUGAGUCCAGUACUAUCAUAAUCCAGGCUGCCAUUAGGAGAUGUCUGGCUCACAGACUGCUACUGAAGCAGAAGAAAAUAACUAAAUUGCAAGCUGUGGUACGGGGAUAUUUAGUUCGAAGGCAGGCUGUUGGAACUCUUCAGUGUGUUCAAGCGAUUGUCAAAAUGCAAACUCUUGUAAGAGCACGCCGUGCCCGUCUACUUGUAGAAGGGUCAGGUAACUUCGAGAAGAAGAAGGAAAACAGUGGAAAGGACAAUCUCAGCCCGACACCCUUGAGAAGCAAAAGAGAAGCCAAAUCAAAUGAAACAUACACUUAUACUUCCACAGAGAAGCUACUUAGCAGUAAAUUUGCUUGCCAGCUUAUGGAAUCAAUACCAAGGACCAGAAGUAUUAACAUUAAAUGCGAACCCUCAAAACCUGACUCAACCUGGAAUUGGCUUGAAAGAUGGAUGUUAGUUUCAUUGGCGGGUAAAGAUGAGCCCCAGGAAUCUGGUUCAGCUGCAGAGCAGCAUGGGGAGGAAGAUUCUAACGGCAGCCAGGAUAUUUUGGGCCCAUCUAAUGAGUCAAGAGACUUCAGUUCUGCUGCAGCACCAUCAGCUGAAACAUCUGAAGAUGAAGACAAUUUAAUCAUUUGUAAUGCAGACAACUUAUACCUCCAUGCAUGCUCAUCAAUCCCAUCUGCGUUGUGCCAUCACAAGUUAAAGAACAUUGAUGAAUCAAAAUCAAGAUAUGAGGUCGCACAAUCUGGUUGUAUCGAGAUUGAGAAAACAGAGUUAUCAAAGGUGGAAAUGAAAUAUCUCCCAGAAGAAGAGGAAACAGGAAACGAACAAAUUAUACGCAAUUCACAUAAGUCUUCCCUCCAGCUACCUGAAACGGAUGCAAAGAAGUUUUCCCAGGAGGCAAGUAAUCCCAGUUUUAUUGCUGCCCAGUCAAAAUUCAAACAACUGAGUUCAGCUGUCACAUAUGCAAAAUCGACAUCUUUAACCAGUGGCGAUUCGGGAGUUGCAUCCAGUUUUGGUAAGGUCUCCGUUUUGACUGAUCCACCAUUCAGGUCUAUGGAGAUUGGCAUGGAGUACACUUCCAUUUCCAAUGCUUCUGCUGUUCAAGCUGCUGGCUCUGAAUGUGGUACUGAACUUUCCAUUUCAUCUACCCUUGAUUCACCAGAUAGGUCAGAGGCUGGAGCUACGGAUCUUCUAGAGGUCCAGAAAAAUUUGGAUGCAACUUACCACUCCAGAAGCCGAGAGAAUUUAGAUCUUGAAGCCAAUGAGAAAUAUAGCAUACUUGAAACUGAACUGUCAUAUGCCAACAUAAGUCAGUUGGAGAGAGAUGAAACUGUUGAUUCAGCUGCUAGUGAGUGCGGUCAUUUUGUUAUUGCUGCAGACUCAACUCCAGCUCAGAAAAAGCUAGUAGCAGAUGAAAGCAACCUGCAUGUGGAGCUAGGUUCUGAUGCAAGCCACCAGGUGCACAAGUCAUCACCUGAAGCAUCUCCAAGAAGCCAUAUGACCUUCCCUGAAUCUCAAGCAACACCUUCUAGCCAGGUUCCCGUCAAACCCAAGGAAACCAGAGGUGAAGAAAGUGAGUCCAAUAGCAAGCAUAUAUCUUCAUCAGCUGAUAAAAGAUUCCCUUUAACUCCUAAUCAUGAUUCCGCUUCACGAAGUAGCCUGGAGCAUAGAACUGGAAAGAGGCUGGAUUCCUUUGUUUUAGCAAAACCUGAUCAUGUGGAUCAGGAACUAAGAGAUAGCAGUAGCAGAACGUCUCUGCCAAGUUACAUGCAAGCAACUGAAUCAGCAAGAGCCAAAGCAAUAUCAAAUGGAUCUCCAAGAUCAAGUCCAGAUGUGCCGGACAAGGAUACCUACAUAAAAAAUAAGCACCCCCAAUCUGGAAGGCAAGGAUCUCCACAUAUUCACCGUCCCCUGUCUCAGGCACAGCAGAAUGCAAAAGGAAAUGGUAUCCAUUCUCCUCAAGAGUGGAAGUGGCGGCAUUGAACUCUAAUCUUGUGACCUCAGCUGGUGAUAUUCGACUAGUCCCUGAUGGAUAUUUCUGACUUUUGGCUGCUUGUCCUAUUUGUGUUGCAAUGUUUGCAUGCAGAAGAGAACAGACUAUGCAUCAGUAUUGCAUUUUUGCUUUUGGAGAGCGAUGUAAAGACAGUGAAGUUGCAUGUAAAUUGCCAUAUCGUCUAUUAUUAUUAUUUCUUUUAUUUUGUUUCUUGAAUCUGUCUGAAAGUUACGUUUUAGUCUGGCAGCUUGAUUGUAAGUUAAGUUGGCCGCCUAAUAUUAUUUGCUUUGAGACGCUUAUUUCGAAUGAAAUGUGAGGAGAUACGUCCGGUUUUAAUGAAAUAGGUUUGUUUGU